AUGACUUCACACCGAGUAGGAUUAAUUAAUGAAUAUUGUAAAUAUGAUCCGAAUGAGUGUACGACUGCGGAAGAAAAAGCGAAAUGGCUUUGUCUACCGGGCUAUCAUCCAUCGACAUACUUUAAAUGCGCUGAAUGGGCACCACAAAUUGACGAACUCGAUAAACCAAGUGGUCGAAUCCACUUUAAACAAGACCUUGAUCGAGUAAAGAAACCUUUGGAACCAUUUCGAUUAUGGAAAUAUGAUGAAAGUGGAUUGCGUAGAAUGGAUUGGCAUCCAUCUGAUAUUGACUGUAAUCCACCAAAGUUGAACAACUUCAAGUACAGGCCAAUUUGUUUUGAUGAAGGAAGCAGAUUAACCAAAUAUAGAAAUAUUAUUGAGAAUUUAACCCCCCUACAUCCACGACGUUUACUUGAAGAAUUUGUCUAUCGUGAUCCAACUGAAUAUUUGGAAAAAGAGAAAAAAACAGCCGAGUGUUAUUGUCGUCAUGGCUGUGAUCCACGUCCUUAUGAAGAUCCUUUACCAAUGACACAGAGAGAAAUUAUGCGGUUAAGAUUUAUGUCGAAUAAUUAUAAAACAUUCGAUGAUUGGAAAGAUGAUCCGAAUGAUGAAUUGAUGAAUUCGUUUGGAAAUAAACAAACUGAUAUUAGUAAUAAUGAUAAUAAUAACUCAUACUGA